UAUCCACUUGCUGUUUUCAUCAUCGCUCUCUUCACCUGCUGGACUCCAAGCUGAGCAGCCACAUUUGAACACGCAAGCCAAGCCAAGCUGUGCCAUACCAAAACCUCUCUGCAGUCAAUAUGGAUAUUGCCAUCCAGCACCCCUGGUUCAGACGCGCCCUGGGUUCAAUUUACCCAGCUCGACUCUUUGACCAGUUCUUUGGCGAGGGCAUGUUUGAUUACGACCUCUUCCCCUACACUGCCUCCACUAUCAGCCCCUAUUACAGGCAGUCACUGUUCCGGAGCUUUUUGGAUUCUUCCAACUCCGGAAUGUCAGAGGUAAGGUCUGACAGGGAUAAGUUCACGGUCUACCUUGACGUGAAGCACUUUUCUCCCGAUGAGCUGGGUGUGAAGGUUACCGACGACUACGUGGAGAUCCAAGGCAAGCAUGGAGAAAGACAGGAUGACCAUGGUUACAUCUCCCGUGAGUUUCACCGCCGCUACCGCCUCCCAUCAAGUGUGGACCAAUCUGCCAUCACCUGCACCCUCUCUGCUGACGGCCUGUUGACGCUGACUGGGCCGAAGGUCGGCGGGGGGAACGAAUCCGGCCGUAGCGAGCGCAACAUCCCUGUCACCCGUGAUGACAAGCCCAACGCUGCUGCCUCUUCCUAAAUGCUUGAGUGGUGGGCGUCAACCAAAUGGGAUGGCAGCCUCAUAUCCUCCACUCAUUUUUUCUCUUUUCCCUUACAGAGGACACAUGGGUCCUUCUUUCUUCACUCUUUCCUCUCAAGAUGAUUUUUAGCAUACUCCUAGAGUAUCACAAGUAGCCUGGUUUUAACAAAAUUGUCCCUGUGAGGAUGCUGAAAUUAAGGUCCUCACGAUUGUUUGGCUGACAGGUAAUGUCACAAACAUCUUGUCACAGAUUUCUGCAAACUUCUUAAAGCCCAGGCUGCUUCCAUUCUUGCUCAGACCCUUUGAACCUUCUACUCUCAUGUCUCCAAUAUAUCCUUGUCUAUGCCUUGUUCACUGGAUACCUCGACACUGAGAAGUCCAUGCUAAAGAAAAACCAUAAUA